CAACGAAGCGAAAAUCAAGAAUCACAACAUGAUUAAAACUUUGUUAAACAUUGAUAAAGUUCUCAAUCAUUAUCAAUGGCUCAUGGAUUCUUAUGUUCUUGAUUUUUAUCUUGAUGACCAUUGGUGUAAGCUACCUACAAAAUGGUCUGAAUGUUUGAACAAAUUAAAUCUGUUUGAUAUUCCUUGGUUACUUGGCUUCAAUGAUCAAUCUAAAUGUGUGCUGCCAUUAACUUUACUCUGUCUCCGGUCAUUAUCUACGACUAUUCGAAUGAUCCGAUCGAAGCCAUUCAAUGAACAAAUAUUUUCAUCACCUUAUACAAAACACUCUCAAGAGAGACAUCAAUUUUCGGAAAAUCUUUCCACUGGUUUAGAUCAUAUUCUUACCAGAGGCAUCAAAGCAAAGAAACGCCAUGAAAUUCAACAAUUAUGCAAGCUUAUAUCGACUGUGAUGAAUAAAUUUGACAAUAAUCUUGAUAUAAUCGACUUUGGAUCAGGCAAAUGUCAUCUUUCCAGGAUAUUAGGCAUUUGUUAUGGAUUCAAAGUAUUCUGUAUUGAGGCAAAAAGUGAAAAUUUAAACGGGGCUAUCAAACGCGAAAACAAAGUUCUGAAAGCACUUGAAAAGUACAAACGUUUCAAUGUUUUUGAAGAAGAAAUGCCUGUUAAAGCUAACUGUUUCUUGACUAAAGAAAAUCGUAUCGAUGAACUUUUUGGUGAUAAAAUAACUAGACCUCAUCUCUUAUUGGGUUUACAUGCCUGUGGUUCACUUUCGAAUUUGGUACUUGAAGAGUUUGCCACUAAUCCUAAUUCUCAUUGCCUUGUACUGGUCUGCUGUUGUUACAUGAAUUCGGAACUUUUUCGCUUUCCAAUGAGUCAGCUACUGAAGGAGAAUACCAAAUUCACGUUAAGCAUUUCGGCCAAAGAAUUAGCUUGUCAUGCAAUUGAAAAAUUUCUUGAUGAUUUUAGUAAAAAAGAAUUAGAUUCACUUAAAGUUCAUGGUUAUAGAGCCUGUUUGGAAGUGUUAUUGGAACGAUAUGCACCUGAAAAACGUUAUCAAUCAAUGAGAAAUGUAAAAAUUACGACAGAAAUAACAUUCAAAGAAUAUGUGGCUAAAGCUACAAAAGGAUUAGAUAUAUCGAUACCUGAAUCGAUUUUCGAAUCAAACGAAAUCAAUGAUUUUAUCAAUCAAACGGAUCAGGUUAUUCUUUUCUAUUCAUUGAGAUUACUUAUUGCACCAUUAAUUGAAUUGUAUAUUUUAAUGGACUAUCGUCAUUAUCUUUGUGAACAAAAUCCAGUCAAAAAUACUUAUCUAAUACCAUUGUUUUCACCAUCCAUUUCGCCUAGAAAUUUUAUUCUAAUAGCUAACAAAUAAAUGUCAAGUUGAUUUUUCUA